CCCUUCUCUGUCUUCUUGCCCUGUGUCCCACCUCCUGGUUUUACUAUCAGUUUUCAGAGCUUCCAUUUACACACCGGCGGGGGGGGGAGGGAAGAAAACAAAAUAAUAGAGAGGAUACAAAAGACAAAAUAACAACAAUAGGAACAAUAAAAUAACAGAAGACUCUGCCUUCUCCAAGUUGCAGCCUGGCAUCUCCUGGAGGAAACAGACAGGAAGGAUAGGAGUAGUCUAUAGAGAAAGCCACAUUACUUUGCAACUGAAUAGUAUAUAGAGACGGGAACCAGACCGCAAACAUGUCUGCUCGAGGUGGGAAGAAGAAAACCACUAAACUGUCCCGCUCAGCCAGGGCUGGAGUCAUCUUCCCAGUUGGUAGAAUGAUGCGGUACUUGAGAAGAGGCACACACAAGUACAGGAUAGGCAUGGGUGCCCCUGUAUAUAUGGCUGCUGUCAUAGAAUACUUGGCAGCUGAAAUCUUGGAGCUGGCAGGAAAUGCAGCCAGAGACAACAAAAAAGGCAGAAUUACUCCAAGGCACAUCCUUUUAGCAGUCGCCAAUGACGAAGAACUUAAUCAGUUACUCAGAGGGGUGACCAUUGCCAGCGGCGGUGUCCUGCCGAGAAUUCACCCUGAGCUUCUGGCUAAGAAGCGCGGCUCUCGUGGCAAAGAUACCAUCCUUUCUCAACCCGUGGAGAAGAAAAAGAAAAAGGGUGGCAAAUCAUUGGACAAAAUGGCAAAGAAACCAAAAGCUGGGAAAAACAAACUGCUCAAAAAGGACAAACAAGCAGAUGGAAAAGAAGGAGCAUCUGUUUCAACGUCAGAUGAUGGACCCGGAGAUGGAUUCACCAUCCUGUCAUCGAAAAGUCUCUUGCUUGGGCAGAAGUUGUCCUUGACUCAGAGUGAUCUUGGUCACAUAGGAUCAAUGAAGGUUGAAGGAAUUAUCCAUCCAACCACAGCAGAAAUUGACCUCAAGGAAGAUAUAGGAAAUGCAAUGGAAAAGGCCGGAGGAAAAGAAUUCCUUGAAGCUGUGAAAGAACUCCGCAAAUCUCAUGGACCAUUGGAGCUGACUGGAGCUGCCCUCAGUCAAGCGAAUGGAUUAGCAGCCAAAUUUGUCAUCCACUGCCACAUCCCACAGUGGGGGUCAGACAAGUGUGAAGAGCAGUUGGAGAAAACCAUCAAGAACUGUUUAUCUGUUGCAGAGGACAAGAAACUGAAAUCGGUGGCAUUUCCUUCUUUCCCUAGUGGCAGAAACGGUUUCCCCAAGCAGACGGCGGCUCAGGUCAUUCUACGAGCCAUCUCCAGCCACUUUGGCUCCUCCAGCUCAUCCACUGUGAAGAAUAUUUUCUUCCUGCUGUUUGACAGCGAAAGCAUUGGCAUCUAUGUGCAGGAAAUGGCCAAGCUUGACACAAAGUAGAAGCGAGACCUCACAAGAGCAACUUCAGACCAGGAUGGUUGUAAUCCCACAACAAGAGGAUCGGGAGACCUAGAGCUGAUGCUUUAUUGUGAGAAGUUUAAGAAGGUGUGAACCACGUUUGCAGUUUUGUGCUUUGAAGACAGCUUUUGAGUUUAUUUUCACAUGGUUGAAGAGGUCUGUUUGGGCUAAACAAUUCUCCUAAAGAAUUCCUCUUUUUUUCUGUAACAAGCCAGCACACCCUUUACAUUUUUAUAGAACCUGAAACAAUCUACCCCUCUAUCGUCAACCAUGUUUUGUUUUUUUCUUCGAGGAUGUUGUUUCCACUGUUUCCUCUUACUUUUCCUGUCUUAAUAUUUUAGAUUUAGUGUUAAAUCAGCUGAAAAAACUUGUUUUAGAUUUGUAGUAUUGGAUUUUACAAGAGAAAUAAGAUCACAAUAUUAUUUAAAAAAAAUGAGCAAAGUUCUUAGAA